ACUCACUGAUCGAUCUGUGGAAGCAGGAAAGGCACAGCGAAACAGCGACCAAAUGCAAGAUGAAUCCGGAUCAAUCGAUGUCAAUGCAAACUGGGGCGCAACCACCGCCGCCGCCGCCCUCGCAGCUGACCAGCCAUGCCAUGGCCAUGGCCACCGUCACGCCCACAUCCUGUCCAGGAUCCGGAACGGGAUCGGUAGGAUUAACCGGGAGCACAGCAACGGGAAUGCAUUACGGUGUCAGCAGUGGCGGUGGCAUCGGAGGAGGAGGUGUGCCCACCUCUGGAGCGGGCAACACAGCCGGGAGCUAUGUGUCCAUUGGCAUCCUGCCCAGCAUGCCGCCCGCCCAGCUAGCACCGCUGCUGUUGCCCGCACCGCCGACAGCGACGACAACGACCUUCAAGACCACGCCCCUGCUGCCCAUGCCCACGCUGGAGGACAUUGAGGUGGCUGCCAAUCAAGGUGGUGGCGGACCAGGUGGUCAGGUCGUAGUUUCUUUGGCACAACCCUCGCUGGCCCCGCCGGGUAUCUUAAAGUAUCCCACCGCCGCUGGGUAUGUGAGUGACUUGAUGGCACCGCCUCCGAACCUGCAAUCCCUCCAGCAACAACUCCCUCUGACCCUGCCCCUACCAAUGCCACUGCCCCCCUGCAACAGCACUGGCGGCGGCGGUGGUGGUGGUGGUGGUGGUGUUGGUGGUGGAAAUAGCAGUGGCAACAACAAUUCUGGCAGCAAUUGUGGCACACUCAAGAGCAAUGCCAAACUGCUGCCGCUUCAAUUGAUGAGCAGCAGCAGUGGCACUACGCCGCCGAACCGUAAGGAACCACUGCCACCGGCUCAUCCGCAGGCUGCAUCCAUUCAGGCGCAAGCCCAGGUGCAACACCAGCUGCAGCAGCAACAUCAACAGCAGCAGCAGCAACACCACCAGCAGCAGCGGCAACGUAAGCGAAAGGGAUGGUGCUCCUGCUUCGGUGGUGGUGGCUCUAGGGGCAAUAGCUCCUCUUCCUCCGGCAGCGAAGGGAAGACCCCGCCAGGAUAUGGCUCCAAGGAGGGCAUCAAGAAGAAACGGAAGGGUACCUCGCAGACGGUGUGGUCUGCCCUCCUCACCAAUUUGGGGAUUUGUAUGCUGCUGCUUGCCUACACAUUGUUAGGCUCCUUCAUCUUCCUGACCAUUGAAAACGAGGACUCGGCUUUGCUGCAUCAGCAGCACACAUUGGCCAGCACCAAGCGGAAUAUGGCUAAUACAGGGAACAGCAUCUAUCAGCAGCAGCAGCAGCAGCACAAUCUGCAACAGCAGCAGCAGCAGCAGAGGACGCCGCACCAGUCAUCGGGACAUCAUGGGGAUAACGAUACGAUAACCGCCGCUGUGGCUGCCCAGGGAAUGAUCUCGGGUUCGGGAACUGCAAAUGGUGGACCCUUUGGCGGUGACUUUGUCUAUGGUGUGGAGGAUGCCGAUCUGGAUUCUGGCGGGAUGCCACAGUUUGCCCUUUCGCCGGACACUUAUGAUGUGCGUCAGCGGACCAUUGAGAAUAUUUGGGACAUUACUGUUUCGCUCAAUAUUCUGUACAAGGAGAAUUGGACAAAAUUAGCCGCACUUGAAAUAGCCAAGUUUCAAGACCAAUUAAUCAAGAGACUGAACGAGGAUGUUAUGCUGCAAUUAUCGCACGAGGAUGUGGCCAAUGCCAACAGCAACUCCCCUCUUCCCCGCUCUGGCAGCAACAGCAACAGCAACAACAACAAUCCAGCCACGGAAGCUGUACUCCUACACACACACUAUCAUCAUCAUCGCGCCGGCGGAGGCGUUGGAGGCGUGGCCGUGGGCGGUGGUCCGCCGCACGAAUGGAAUUUUGCCAAAGCGUUUUUGUAUUCGCUGACCGUUUUGACCACAAUUGGCUAUGGAAACAUUGCACCCAGGACGACUCUCGGCAGGAUUGUCACCUUGGCCUAUGCCUUCUUUGGCAUACCGCUGACCCUCGUUUACCUGAGCAGCACGGGCAGUAUCCUGGCUAGAGUGGCUCGAGAGGUCUUCUCCAAGGCUCUGUGCUGCUGCCUGUGCUCCAAUUGUGGCUAUUGUUGCUACGACGAGAAAAGGAUGGCGGAGAAGGAGCGAAGGAUGCGUAGGAAGCGGCAACAGGAGGAGCUGAGGAAGCAGCAGGCGGUGAUGCAGGAACCCUACUAUGUCCGGGAUGUGUACCAUGCCACGCCGGAGAAGGAUGCCGGCGGCGGUGGUGUUGGGGGAGGAGGAGUUGAUCCACCCUCCGCGGCCACUGUGGGUGGCUUGGGUGGAAUGGGUGACAUUGAUUCGCUGAGUGCCAGCGAGUCAAGAGGAUCGAUGCAUGGCCUGAGCAUCCUGGCACCCAUCCUGCUCUGCUUUUCCAUGAUGAUCAUCUAUAUAGUGUUUGGUGCAGCCGUAUUAUAUCGCCUGGAGAACUGGCCCAUUCUGGAUGGGAUCUACUUUUGCUUCAUGAGUCUGUCCACCAUUGGAUUUGGUGAUAUGUUGCCAGGAUUGCGUAGGGAAUCGAAUGCCACCACCUGGUUUUGUUCCGUUUACAUAAUGUCCGGCAUGACACUCACGGCCAUGUGUUUCAAUGUCAUUCACGAGGAGAUUGUCCAUCGGAUUCGGAUUGUGGUGGAGUUUAAGAAGACAAGUGCCGCCAAUUCGGGACCUGGUCUGGUGGGAUCGGGCAGUGGAGGUGGCACCGGUGGUCCUGGCAGUUCCAUGAUGGAUGUGGCGCACGAGGAGGGUGGCCAGUAUUAUGUGCCAGCAUCCUGACACUACGAGAAGCGAGGGCAUCUCUACCAGCGUAACCCCACCGAAGAGACCCUGGUGACAGACACCCCACAUCGCUGGUGAUGAAAGACUAUGUCAACCAUGAGCUGGUGCCCAUUUU